GCUGUUUGUUGACUUUUGACAGGGUCUCCGUAAUGAUUUCCAAGAAGCUCUGGAAAAAGUUGAUCAGGCAUUUCUGGAUGAGAUUUUAGCUUCUCAAGUUCAAGAUGCAGAUGGUAGAUCUUCCAAUGAUGUCAAAGUACAAGAUGAUGGUAUUACAUAUGAUGAAAUUCAGAAAAUGGCAGCAAGCUUAGGAAAAGGAGAUAGAGAUCUUGAUAUGAAUGUCAUCACCCACUUCAUCCAGUUUCUGCUCAAGAUGUGGGGUAACCAACUCAAUAAUCGAUCUCCAGCUGAGAAAAUGGGUGUAAGAGGCAAGUUGGCUUGUGCAACUUACACACAGACACAAGUGUACUUGAAGCCCUUGUUGAGAAAAUUGAAAACAAAAUCUCUGCCAGAGGAUAUUUCUGACAGUCUAACAGAAAUAACAAGGCUAGUGACUCAUAUCUACAAAUGGCUAUAGGCAAUGCACCAUGGCCCAUUGGUGUCACUAUGGUUGGUAUACAUGCCAGAACAGGACGUGAAAAAAUCUUCUCAAAAAAUGUAGCACAUGUGAUGAAUGAUGAG